CCACGCCCAAUACCCCCCCGGGUGAAUUUCGAUGUUGUGCCCGAAGCGAAACACAACAAGUUAUCCUCAGUGAGUAGUCGCUCACUCAUCCUGCAAGUACUACUACUACGCCUAUCUACUGCCGUCAUUCUGAUAAACUUACAGGGAGUGCCCCGAAGCUAAUGACAAGGUAAGAGCUGGCAGACUGCCCUGCCGCAACCUUAAACUGAAACUCUGGGAAAGCAGCGCUACCCGAAAAACAAUGCGAAAGAGAAACCCCGAUCAGGUCCCUAUUCACUCCCUGACGCUUCUUGGAAGAGUGGCAUUGUGAAAUCUGAAUAGAGAUCAGGUGAAAGACAAAGAGCCAAAGGCAGAACUGGGACUUUCUAACCUGCUCUCCGGUAAAACUCCCUCCUCCUGUUCUGUCAGUCAGGCUUUUACCUUUUCCAUCACGUGAAGACAGAGCGAUGUGGCCUCUCAGCACCUAAGGACAAUGUCAUUGUCUUGGCUCGGCUGCCUGUGAUCCACCUGAACUCUACUGAAGGUGCAUGUACCGUGCCAUUGAACCCCUGCCAGGAUGUACCACUCAUCGGCGCUACCCCUCACCCUUCUCUCAAGCUUCACGGCUGAUCUGGCCAAUAGUGGCACCCAGACGGUGCUGACAGAGCUUCCCACCCUCCCAAAUUCCUGGGACUGUUCAGACUAUGGCUAUGAUGUCGAUGACAUAGAUUUGCCCUUUUUGGCUUAUCUUACCUCCACUGAUUAUUCCUCUGGUGACUCAGACAUCUGUAACCUGACUGACAGCACUGGCGUCAGUGAAACGCUGCCGCACUUUACAGACCUGCUGGCCACAGUGACAACACACAGAAAGAAUUUGGACCAACAGGUUUUGCAGGAGAAGAUAAACCCUCAGAUUUCAGUUUGCGAGGAGGAGACCAGUAUCCAGGAAACGAAACCAUCUCCGGUUACUCCAAAAGAACACAAUCGGAGGAAAGGAAACAGAACAAGUAAGAGAGACCAAAGUGUACACCUAUGGGAGUUUGUACGUGAUCUACUACUGAGUCCGCAAAAGAACCAAGAUGCCGUCCGCUGGGAAAACCGGAAAGAAGGGACAUUUCGUGUUGUUAAGUCUGACAUGUUUGCACAGCUUUGGGGGGAGCAGAAGAAAAACAAAUGUAUGAAUUACGAGAAGCUAAGCCGAGCUCUGAGACACUACUACAAGUCAGGGAUUCUGGAGCGUGUGGACGGAAGGUUGACUUACAAAUUCGGGAAGAAAGCUUACGGAUGGGGAGAGGAUUCACCGAAACAACUCACUUAGGUCCAUCUCAAGACUUUCACGGACAUUGUACCAAAGGUUGUCAUGUGCUUUAUGGAGUUCUAUGUCAUCCAAAGGAGUAUGCCAGCAGAUAAAGUGAGGGUUUCCUUACAUAACUGGCUGCUAUGCUGCAAUUGGGAAAAUUUCAAUGACAUUCCACGGGAUUGUACAACAUCUGAAACAUAUAAAGAACAUUUCUGAGCAGCAUAUAACGCAACGAAUAGCCUAUAAACAUGUACUGUGGGUAACUAAGGACAAAUCCACAGGCCCACGUGGCCAGAUACAAACUCAACAAUGGCUACACUAGCGUCUCAGAAAUAAUAUGUUAUUAUGAAGUAUCACAAAUAGUGGUUGAGCUUGGGGCCCGAUAAUAGCUUAGAUCUGUAGGUCUGGUAAGUAAGUCCAGUUUUAUGGGACCAGAAUGACGCCAAGAAUGCGGAGACAGCAGCUGCUUCUGACAACCAGAAGGAAUGAUAUAGCACGAAGAGCCAUUGAUAUUCUGGAGAAGCAAUCCUUACCGCCAUCCAUGAUAAGGUCUGUGAUCUCAGGACAUGAAGAUUUUGUUGCCAACAAUAAUGGCCGGGGAGCAUUUACCCAUCUCCAGACUGUUCUGUCUACAGUAGAGUAAUCUCUUUGGGAUGCAUGCAGACAACCAGCUCUCUCUUUAAGGGUAUGUUCACACCAACGGAAUUACGCACUGUAAACAUAAACAUCAGUGUGAAUUGGUUUCCCCGAGACCCGUUCACACUGCGGAAUUUCAGCGGCGGACAAUUCCGCCGCUGAAAUUGUUCCGCGCAAAGAAAGAACAUGUUCAUUCUUUGCGCGGAAGUCCGCGAACACUGCAUAGCCGUCAAUGGUGACAGCGCAGUGCCGCGCGGUCCUACCGCCGAAGUAUUGCUGUGGCGGCCGCCAGAAUGGAAUGGAAGCGGAGAUUCCGUUCAUAAUCCGUAGUCUGAACAUACCCUAAGGGUGCAUUCACACCACGUUUUUGCAAUUCAGUUCCCGUAUCAGGUUUUUGAUGAAAAACGGAUUCCUCAAAACCGGACUAAAAACUGUAUCAAAAUGUGUGUACAAAUUUCAACCUGUAUACGGUUUGAAAAAUGAUGUCCGGUUGCAUCAGUUUUUUAAAGAAAAAAAACGUGUAUGUUUUUAACUUUUCAUUCCAUUUUGAAUAAAGUUUCACUUGUUUGAUUGAAAUUCCAAGAAAAAAAACUGUGCAAAGUCAAAAUCCGUAUGGUGAAAACGGGAUGGAAUCAUAUGCACAUACAGUUCUCUAUGGUUACCAUUGACUCCCAUGUUAAAAAAAAAAAAAUUAUACGGUUUAAUACGGUUUUUCACCCGGACCAAAAAACGUGGUAGACUAUGGUUUUGGGUAUGGGUAAAAAAACGGACAAAACUGUAUGAGGUGCAAAACGGAGUAAAGCGGAUGAUGCGUUUGACAUACGGUGUACAAUGUUAAGUCAAAGCAUACGUUUUCUAUACGGUUCCGUACGGUUUUUAACUUGAACGGGAACUGUAUAGUGAAAAUGUGGUGUGCAUCCACCCUAAGGCUGCAUUCACAUCUCGUUUUUGCAAUACUGUUCCCGUAUCAGUUUUUUUUGUAAAAAAAAAAAAAAACAAAAAAAAAAACUUAUGUCUCAAAACCGGACCGAACCGUAUACAACCGUACAUACCUCUGUAAGGUUUUAAACCGUAUACGGUUUAAAAACGGAUGUCCGGUGGCAUACGGUUUAAUACGUUUUUUGAAAAAAACAGAUACGGUCUUAUGUUUCUCCUUUAAUUAAAGUUCUUCUUGUUCUAUUUGUGGGAAGAACUUUCGGCGUGCACUGCGCAUGUGCAAACUGCAAAACCGUAUUGUGCAAACCAGAUGGAACCGUACGUACAUAUGGUUCAGUACGGUUCCCAUAGACCACCAUUUAAAAAAAAAAAAACUUAUACGGGUUGUAUCCGGUUUUACACCCGGACAUAAAACCGUAGUAGUCUACGGUUUUGUGUACGGGAAGAAAAAUAGAUAAAACCGUAAAUGAUGCAAAACAUACACAACCGGAUGCUACGUUUGGCAUACGGGUUUCAAUGACAUGUCUAUACAUACGGUUUGCAAUACGGUUCCAUACGUUCUUUUCACUGAAACCGGAUACGGGAACCGUAUUGCAAAAACGAGAUGUGACUGCUGCCUAAUGCAGUAUUUCCCAAGCAGGGU